AUGUCGAAAGCAGAAGCCUUGACCCAGGAGUUCCGGAAGUCCAUUGGCGUGCGCAUUAGGGAAGAAAGCGAAGUGAUUGAGGGCGAAGUCGUUGAGAUUCAAAUCGACCGGAGUGCCACUGGCCUCACGAUCAAGACCACCGACAUGGAAACAAUUUACGAAAUGGAAACUAAGAUGAUCGAUUCCAUGUCUAAGGAACGGUUAAUUGCAGGGGAAGUCAUUUCGAUUCACAAGUCCUCGGGUAAGAUCAUAAAGCUCGGCCGGUCAUACGCACGCUCUCAAGAUUACGACGCAAUAGGCGCCGAAACCAAGUUUGUCCCAUGCCCCGAAGGCCGGGUCCAAAUUCGCAGGGAAACUCUCCACACCGUUAGCCUUCAUGAAAUUGAUGUGGUCAACUCAUGUUCAAACGACUAUCUAGCUCUCUUCUCUGGUAACACAGGCGAGAUUCGGAGCGAAGUUCGGGAACAAACCAAUAUAACGCUGGCUGAGUUGGAAGACCAGGGCAAGGCAGAGAUUAUGCCCGGUGUGCUGUUCAUUGACGAGGUACAUAUGCUCGAUAUUGAGUGUUUCUCCUACAUCAACCGUGCUCUUGAAGCCAAGUUAGCCCCUAUCGUCAUUAUGGCCAGUAAUCGCGGCCAAGCACGUAUCCGCGGAACUACCUAUAUCUCUCCUCACGGCCUACCUGUCGAUUUCCUUGACCGGGUAGUGAUCGUCAGCACGCAGUCAUACUCGACUGACGAAAUUCGUCAAAUUCUAGCCAUCCGAGCACAGGAAAUAGAAAUUGAUCUUCCGCCUCAUGCUCUAGAACUCCUCACCAAAAUUGGUCAGGAGUCGAACCUACGAUAUGCUAUCAACAUCAUUACUACGUCCCAUCUUUUGAGCCAAAAACGCAAUGCUAAGCAGGUCACUGUCGACGACGUGCAGAGCAGCUUCCGGUUGUUCUACGACCCAGCUCGGAGCGUGGAUUUCUUGAAACAAUAUGAGGAGAGCUUAAUUGGCGACCAGGGCUCUGUUAAAAUCUCUACUGCCAUCAAUAUUAAUGCCAUAAUAUAG